AUGCCGGCCCUGUCCCCGUCGGGCCUUCUUGUCAUCUCGUACGUGCUCAGGCCAGUUCUCGGUGCGCCCGUGUUGGACACUUUCGUUGACUCACCCCAGUAUUCCCUCGUCGUCGACGCAGGCUCCUCGGGCAGCCGUCUGCGGAUGUACAACAAGACGGAAGAUGGCGUGGAAGAGAUCAAACCACACGAGGAGGACGAGGACAGCUUUGAGACGGAGCCUGGUCUGUCAUCUUACGCAGGAAAUCCCGAUGACGCGGGGCCUUCUUUGAAUGCUUUGCUCCAAGCGGCAGCGAAAUACGUCCCUGAAUCUUACCGGUCCACAACGCCUCUGUGGAUCAAAGCGACGGCCGGCAUGCGCCUUGUUCCAGAGGAGCAGUUGGGGGGAAUGUUUACGUCGUUGGACCAGUACCUCUCUGAAACAGUUUCGGUGAAUCCUUUCAAAUACAUGGGAUCCGAGGUACUGGGUGGUGAAGAAGAGGCAGUCUUUGCGUGGAUCAGUAUGAAUUUCAUUCUUGGGACUAUCUUCCAGGGGUACACUAAGACCUCCGGAAUCUUAGAUAUGGGCGGGGCGUCGAUGCAGGUGGCCUUCAACCCUGGUAAGGACAUCAUGUCUAACGAGUUCUCCUUCUACGUGAACGAGAAGCGGAUGUCCGUGUAUGCGAAGAGCUUCAUCAAAUUCGGCCUCGCGACGGCUGUGCAGCGUGCCAUGGUGGAGGCGGCAAAGCAAGCGGGCGCUGGCAAGACCGAGGUGAUGUAUCCUUGCUACAACAAGGGAUACAACGAAUCGGCGGAGAUCGACGGGAAACAAGUAUCAUUCGUUGGGUCCGGCGACCCUACUGCUUGCGAUGCCAUUGCCCAAGGGCUCCUCCAUUUGGAGUAUGAGUGUUUGCUUGAACCGUGCGCGCUCAUGGGCGUGCACAUGCCAAAGGUCAUCAAGUCGAAGACAUACUACGCCAUCGCGAACUUUUUCUACAUCGCCAAUGGCUUGGACCUGAUCGGCUGGAGCGAAUCGAAGAGUCUGAGUCCCUCGGCUAUUCUGGAGAAGGCCAAGAGCUUCUGCCAAAUGCCGCUCGCAGAGGCGGAGGCGGCCUCCGCGGCGCCGUGGAAAUACAAGAAGAAUCAUUGUUUCGGGGGCCUCUACAUGUUCCACAUCCUCACGGCGUACGGCUUCGCGGACGACGCCGACAAUAUCUCGGGUUUUCGCGCGGAAGCUCGACGGCAAGACCGCCGACUGGAGCAUGGGUGCUGCCCUCUUCGAGACGCAGUACAUGCCCGUCCACCUCAUGACGCGGCAGGUCCGGCCCGGCGGCGACGAGGACUGCGCGGCGCCCGAGGCCGAGGAGCGUGCCGCCGCGGGUGCCGUGGCCCUGGCCUGGGCGCUCCUGGUCGCCCCCGCGCUCGCGCUGCUCGUGCUGCUCGCGGCGUUCGCGCGGCGCCGCCGCUCGCAGGGCGCCCGCGGUCACGACGCCGGGCCGCUGAUGGAGGAGGGCGUCCGGGCGGACGCCGCCGAGUGAGGCUCAGGGGGGCAGUGCGCGGCGCCGAGGUCCGAGGUAUUGCCUCACCCCUCGACAGGAACUAG